AUGAGGCUCACCUUCCUUACUGCUACUAUUGCAACAUUGAUUGUUAGCACAGCCCUUGCAGGCCCUGCAACCAUUACUGCCACCGAUGGCGCCAUUACACCCAUUACUGCCCGUUCUACCACUGAUAAUUCGACUGUAGUUACUUCCACUGGCGGUUCCAGCACGGGCAAUUCUACUGCAACUUGA